GAUUACUGCUUUUAUGGGAGCCAGUGGGAGUUUGGCCACAGUCCUUCAUGCAUGUUAAUUUGAGGGACUUCCAAAUGUUAGCUAAUGAUCUCAGAGUUCUUUUUAUGAAAUGUGUGUGGGUUUGGUUUGGGGUUUGGGUUUUGUUGUUGGGUUGUUGGUGUUUUUUUUAAUUCCUAGGAGAACACAAUUAAGGCUGGAGAAAGUGCUGCUCUGUAGCUCUGGACUGGCCUCUCAAUAACACCCGAGUUCUAGAAUGAAAAAAUUCAGAAGCACACAUUGCUACUACAGUCAGCUAUAUUAUACUUAAUAUCUUAAAAUCAAAUAUAUUCGCAUUAUUUAUAUAGUCCACACCAUUUGCUUUGCAUUGCUGUGGACUGGGUCUAUCUGUCGGCCUUCACUUGCAGCUACCUAAGUAGCUCUUUUUUUAGGAACAAUACGAAGGGGAAAGCUUUAGCCUCCGCCUCAAAGCAGGGAAAUAUGUCAGCAUGGAAAAUAGAUGCACGUGUGGGUGGGGGAGUUUCAUUCCUGUUUUCUGAAGCCUUAUGUAGCUGUAAACGAGAAACAGGCAAAAAAGCGAGCCGGUGGCAGCCGAACGGAAAGCCAAGGACACAAGUCCAAGCAAGCACUGGGGCUGCGGCUCACUGAAAAGCGUGCAAAGCGAUCUUUGGGCUGAACGCUGACUUGAAAGGGCUUGAAGCGGAGCACGCAAACAAACACCGCUCUCCGUCCUCCCCCUUCCCACAGCCGCUAUCACAGAAAAAAACCCCGAAAGUUACAGAGAUGUUUGUUUCUGGCUGCGCUCAGGCCAGAAACGAGAUUCUGCACUUUCCCCAUGACUCUCAGGGCAGUUAACGACUACGAGACGUUCCUCCCGCAAGGAACGCAGCCCGCAGCACCCCGCGCAUCCUUGACUCAGCCUCCCCUCCGCGGCGCCGCUCCGGCCGCGCCCCGGCCGCAGGGACACGGACCCCGGAGCCGCCCGCUCGGCCCCGAGCGCGUUCCCACCCCGGGGCGGGCGGCCCCGAGCGGGCCCGGCGGCGUCGCGCAGGCUCCGGGCAGCGGCCGCGCCUCCGCCCGCUCCGGGCCCGCCGCCCGCGGCAGGGGAGGGCAGGGUACGAAAAGAAACAAAGCGCAUGAAAGGAAGGAAGCGCCCUCAGCGCUCAGCAGCCAGGAGACCGCUGGGGACAGGGACCUGCCGCUUCCGCGAUGCUGCGCAGGAGGUCUGUGACCAAACAGGGUUUAGCCCUGUCCCUGAUAUUUUGGGACCCUCCUCUGACAUGGCUUCCCUUUGCAAGUCGAUCCUUGGCUAAGAUCCUGGUUAUCGGCAUGAAGGGCAGAGCUGCCCGCGGUGCGCGGGGAGCGGCCGAGGCGCAGCAGCCGCGUCCCUGCGACCGAUACAAGCACGCCUGUGCUGUUUGCAGAGGCUUUGUUUAUCUCUACGGAGGGCACGGCAGCACCACGCUGAGGGACUUCUGGAGAUACCACACAGUGAAAAACGAAUGGGAAAUGUUGGAUUGCUCAAAAGAUGGUCCAGAAGAACUGGAAGAACAUUCAAUGGUGGCUUAUAAGGGCAGCCUGUAUAUUUUUGGUGGCAUGGUGGAUUCUGCUUUCACACAAGGAAAAACUCCUCUCUGGAUAUAUGACAUUGAUUCCGCAAGAUGGACAGAGAGCUGCAACGAACCAGCAGAGACGGAGAGCUCUGCACCAGCUAACAGGAAAGGUCACACUGCAGUCGUGUACCAUUCCAGCAUGUACAUCUAUGGGGGAUACUUUGGCAUCAAAGGCAUUUCUCAGGAGUUUUGGGAAUUCCGUUUUGAUACAGGGAAGUGGUUGUGUGUCUCCAGCCCCUGUCACAGCAGUGGUCCCGGAGCGCGGCACGGCCACUCGGCAGUGGUUUAUCACACAGCCAUGUACCUCUUUGGGGGGCUGGUGGGGCUCACUGAACAGAGGGACUUGUGGAAGUGGGACUUUGGAAGCAGCAGCUGGUCCAGCAUCAGAACAAGCCAAGGACCUCCUCCAGUGGUAGGUCACGCUUCAAUAGUCUGCAAAGACUCUAUGCUGAUUUUUGGUGGAGGGAUUUCAAAUUCCAGCCCUAAUGAUGACCUCUGGAAGUAUCGUUUCCAUACGCAGACAUGGAAGAAGCUUAGUAGUACUACAAAGGGAAACUUUUCUCCUAAAAUGUAUCACUGCAUCUUAGGAAUUGGUGCGGAUUUCCAAACUACCUCAGAUUUCACUGAUGCAUUCCCUAGCCACUGCAAGAGUGAGCAGAAGGACCAUCCCCAGGUGGUGCCCAUCCUGAGGCAGUCUGGCUUCUGCAGCUUCUUUCACCCACAGCCCACGCAGCGGAGGAACACCAUUGAAAUGAAAACCUUCACCCUGCCCCUGGAGCCAGCAGAAUUCCCUGCCUUCCAGACCACUUCAGAGGCAGGACUAGGCCCAAACAGAGAGAGGAGCUGUUUGUCUAAGGACAAGUCUCUCCAUCUGUUGGCCUGUUCCGGAGAGGCUUUUGCUGCUGCUCAGGCUGUGGGUGCAGAGGAGAGACCCGACUGUGGGUGUGUGGCCACGGGGGGUGGGAUCAGCAGUACCAACACGCUGCUGCUCAUCGGGGGCAAACCUUUGUCCAGCUUCUCUGAGAUCUCCUUCAGGCAAAUGGAGUUUGAUUGCUUGUGAUUACUUUGCUUGCAAAGUGAAGGAAUAAAUUUCCACCACUGUGGCAGUAGGUGGAAAACCAACUGCUUGCAACUGUCUUCAGCUUCCUAUCAGCACGCUGGGGAAAAAAAUAAUUAAACCUUCUCAUCCUUGCUGCGAACAGAUUUUUUACAAUGUUAGCAAAACCCGACAUAUAUUUAAGUCACAACUUGCAUAUAAGUUGUGAUUUCUGAGAGGAGCUUGUUGAAAUGCUGCUCAUUUUGUUACUUUCCUCCUGGUCACUUCAUACCCUUUCAAAUUGGCAAUGGCCGACACUGCCUUGAAAAUCAGAACUGCAGUAACCCAUGCUGGCUCCACAAGAUGCCAUUUCAGGGGCAAAGCUUGCUCGUUUUGCACUGGCAUAAGAGAGAAAUACAGUCACAUUUGAGGGAUUCAGUGAGUCUUAACAGGAAUGUUCUCUAAGGUUUUAAAGAUUUUAUAUUCUCGAUUAUUCUUUGCACAAUAUAUUUGCAACAUGAGAUGGCCUAUGACAAUGGAACCCAACAGACAAAUCGGCAGGUGAAUUCUAGAAGAUAUUCAAGGAUUGUAUAUAACUUUGAAGAAGUGAAACAGUGAGUGCCCCCUGGAAAUCAUCAGCAAGGACCAGAGGAAGAGAACAAAUGAUGUGCCAAAUGAGUAUUGGCUUUAAUGGCUGAACAUGGAAUCAAAAGAGUUUGAUUUCCCACAGCAGGGUGGGGAGGGAGCAGAAAGAGGAGGGCUUGAUGGAAUGUCACAAAGCAUGGGCUAUUUUGACUGGUAACUCAUGUUUUAGCCCUAAAGAGAUUUCUGGUUUUCCAACUCCAUCUCUCUUUUAUCACCCUAUGUAGUAUACCUGUUACAGAUUUCCUCUCUGUAGUGGUAAGUUCUGAGUUCAUGUAUGGUUUUUCCUUGCUGAAAAGAAAAAGUGCUUGUUUUGCAGUGUUCAAAGCAUUUAUAUCCAUAGAAGUUAUUAAAUACCAGCCUUCUGACAGAACAGCAGCUGUCUGUAAGAGCUGCUGGUAUCUGAAAUUACCUGAAAGUUAAUACUUCCAAAUAUUUUAAAAAUUCACUUUUCAAAAGUUUCAUUGGAAUAAUGACUUUGAAGUGAUGUACAGAUUUCAAGAAUAUUUAGAGAUACUUUCAUCAUCUCUUCACAAGUAACUGUCAUGUGAAUUCAACAGGAGAAUUAUAGAUGGAUUUGCAAAAGCUACAUAAGAGUUACUUGGACCAUAAGAGAUCCAUGAACCUUACCUGGCAAGAGAGGGUUGUACACUGCCACGUGAAUAAAGCCUGCUCCGUUUCCUAACACUGUGUGCUCAUGUUCACCUUUAUGAGUCUAAAAUAUGUGUUCGUAUUUUCUAACUGAACAAAAAUCUUACCUUUCUGACCAAGGAACACGAUUCUGCGAGCCCCAGUCAUUUCCCUGCACUUCAGCUGGCUUUGAGGGCUGCCCAGGCUUUGAAUUUCUCCUCCAAGUACAAGAAUUUCCCAGUUUGAGGAGGUUUGUUUGGAAAGGACAUCAAUACAGCAACUGAGCUGAGCAUGUACUCAGCACUGCAGUUUUAAAUCAGCAGCUUGUUUUCCUCGUGCUGACUGACAUGUCUGUUUUGGCUUUAUCCUGAGCGCUGCCGUAACAUACAGCCUUUUAUCUAGGAUUGACAAGGGAAGGAAAUUUAACUGGAAAGGGCAACAAUAAACCAGUGAUUUUUCCAAGUCACGCGAAGGCCUCCUGGCAGGUAGCGGUAUCCUGGGGAUGUGCAAGAGCCCCAGGAAAAUGCCAUCCAGCCUCUGCCAUUCCUUUCUUCCUGCCCCCUCAAACUCUCUUCCCUUUGGCAGCCCCACGAAGGGUUUAACAUUUACUCGGAGCCAACGCAGGCGGGACACAAGCCAGCCCAAAGGCAAUGGCUUGGCACGGGCAGGAAAAAGCAGCUUGGAGUGAGCCCAUCUCCCCUGUUCCCUCCCCUGGGCUCUGCCCGUGUGCCAGGUCAGGUGGGGGCACCGCACUGGCAGCACCACACCCACUCCAUCGCCUAAGAGAUGCCAAACCUGUCGAGUCAGCCCCAAGGGCCCCGCUGCUCCGUGCCCUGUACAGGGCACGAGGAGAGCAGGGGCUCAGGAAAGGCCUGGCUGCAGGGAUGGGGGCUCAGGGCUGCCUCGCAGGAGGCUGAGCCGGAGUUGGCCCCAGCCAUGCUGUGCAAGGGGAGAGAGCCCUCAUCCUGAAGUGGGGCUCUGUGCUACAGCAGCUUUGCUGAAGCCACUGGAGGCUCUUUCCCCCUUUGUGGCCCAUUCCGUGGUCUUCAGAAAACAAGGGUGAGCUCAAGCUGGAAGGGAGGGGUGUUGGGAAUUGAAGUGACUGCAUCCCACAAAUGCCCACAGGAGUGCCUGACACCUCAGUCCACUCUGGGCACGCACAAUCCACAUUUCAGGUACCCUCUGGUUCCCAGACCUGGGGAUGCAAUCCUUGCUCACACCACUGUGACGCUUCCUGGGUCAUAUCCCCUUUCAAACCUGAGCCAGUGCUAUCAGCUGCACUGAAAGGGUUCUCAGAGCACCUCACUCCUCUUUUCCCACUGCAGUCAUCUUUUCAGAGUGGCAGAUAAGAGGCCUUGUGGAUGUGCUUAUGAUAUUUCUCCAUAACUGUAGCAGUUAAUAAGAACUUGUCCCAAGCCCAAGCAAGUGACUAAAAGCUGCUGCCAUCUGAAAGCUCGGUGGUGGCCUGCAUGAAAUAAUGAAUGGAAUUACUCCAGCUAGUGGCAAAUAUUUAGAAACAAAACACAACACCCCAUUUCUGGCUGGGACUGAAGGGGCUGCCACUGAAGUUGGCUGUCUGGAAUGUCUCUGAAAAGCAGGGAAUCUUGCACAUACCUGAUUCACUCACAGAACAAAAGCAAAAGGAUGCAGCAUUCUUGGCAACCUCGUCUGAGACAUAAGACGCGCUGUUGUAUCAUAGAUUGUAUGUAAGGGAACAAAUUGAUCAGCGCUAAACAUCUCCACACUCAUUGUUUUAACUGACAUUCAGUUUCUGAACAUUAAAAUGUAUGAAUGGCAGAAAUAUUUUCUUCUAAAAUGCAGAUAUUCAAAGAAGGUUUUUUCAGUUAAUAACAGAAAAACCUAAAUUUCAUUGUUUUGAGUUGUUUCAUUGUUUGUUUGUUUCAUUGUUUUGAGUUGUAAGUGGAUUUGAAGAAUAAUGCAGUCAUUUAUCAGUGGGAUCACAGUUUGACCUAUGCAACAAAUUAUGCCACAAAAGAAAGUAUCUCCUAUGAGCUUAGUCAUUAGGAUGGAGUAAUUUCUCUUCCUUUUGAUACUUUCCAAAUAGUUUUUGAGAAACAAAGAUGAUCAAAGGGUUUAGUUGCCCUCUGCUGCCAUCUUUAGCAUUUAGCCAAAGUCAGAGCUUGGGAGUAAACAGUUCCCUUUCAACAGUCAUUAGUGCUGCUGCACUUGAGAGCACAGCCCAGUCCCGUGUGGAGACAAGAGCGAGGGUGCUCGGUUCACCUGCCCUGGAACCACACCGGGAGCUCGGGCUCCCCUUCUGGGCACACGCCUCGGGACUGGUUUGCAAAGGCACUGCACACCUGACAGUCAUCCUGGACAGUCUCAGCUCUGUUGGAAAAAAGGCAUUUAAUCCUUUAGCAUCUACCUGCAAGCUUUGGUGCUUCCU